AUGCCUCUUCCCGCCGACGAGAAGGUCGUUGAGACCAGCAAGGCCAUCGUCGAGACGCUGCACGGCAUCUUUGGCCCUCAUCCAGGCUUUCGUCCUGCCCACGCCAAGGGUAUCCUGCUCGACGGGACGUUCACGCCGACGGCCGAGGCGGCGGCGCUGUCCAAGGCGGCGCACUUCAACGCGCCGUCGACGCCCGUCAUCGCGCGCCUGUCGAGCUCGACGGGGAUCCCGCAGCUGCCCGACACGGACGCCAACGGCAACCCGCGCGGGUUCGCGGUGCGCUUCCGCCUAGCCGAGACGCCGCGCCGCGUCCACACCGACAUCGUCGCCCACUCGGCCGACGGCUUCCCCGGCCGCACCGGCGAGGACGCCCUCGCCUUCUUCUCCGCCAUCCGCGACGGCUCCGUCGGCGACUACGUCGCAUCGCACCCGGCCGCGCUGGCUUUCGUGCAGCUCCCCAAGCCCUUUCCCGCCAGCUUCUCCACCGAGCGCUUCUUUGGCGUCAACGCGUUCAAGCUCAUCGCCGAGGAUGGGACCGUGACGUUUGUGCGCUACCGCAUCGUCCCGACCAAUGGCCUCGCAGAGCUCGGCGACGCGGAGGCGGCGACCAAGCCGGCCAACUACCUGUACGACGAGAUCCCGGCGCUGCUGGCGGCGGGGCCCAUCACGUACACGCUGACGGCGCAGGUGGCGGACGUGGCGGCGGGCGACGUGACGGACGACGCGACGGUGCGGUGGCCCGACACGCGGCGCGUGGUCGAGCUCGGCACCAUCAGCCUGACGGGCGAGGCAGCCGAGAACGCGGCGCAGCAAAAGACCAUCAUCUUCGACCCGAUCCCGCGCGUCGACGGCGUCGAGCCGUCUGACGACCCGCUGCUGGAGGCGCGUGCUGGCGUCUACUUGAUCAGCGGCCGCGAGCGGAGGGCCGCCUGA